CCUCCUUGUUCACCAACAGCUCGCGCCGCGCAACGCCACCGCGCCACCGAGCACGCACGCGACAGAGGCGGCGGCGGGAGCCAUUCCACUCCGCGGCGAGGGCGACGGGAGAGGAGGAGGAGGCCAGGGCGGCUUGUGACGACGACGCCGGAGCGGCGGCAGGGCGGCAUGGGGAGGUCCCCGUGCUGCGAGCAGGCGCACACGAACAAGGGCGCGUGGACCAAGGAGGAGGACCAGCGCCUCAUCGCCUACAUCAAGGCCCACGGCGAGGGCUGCUGGAGGUCGCUCCCCAAGGCCGCAGGGCUGCUGCGGUGCGGGAAGAGCUGCCGGCUGCGGUGGAUCAACUACCUGCGCCCGGACCUCAAGCGCGGCAACUUCACCGAGGAGGAGGACGAGCUCAUCAUCAAGUUCCACGAGCUCUUCGGCAACAAGUGGUCGCUCAUCGCCGGGAGGCUGCCGGGCCGGACGGACAACGAGAUCAAGAACUACUGGAACACGCACAUCAAGCGCAAGCUCCUCGCCCGCGGCAUCGACCCGCAGACGCACCGCCCGCUCGCCGCCGCCGCGCCGGGCCAGCAGCAGCCGCAGCAGCAGCAUUACCAGCUGGAGCCGCAGAAGCGGCACGCCGCCGCCGCUCCGGGCCAUCACGACCACCACCCACAGGAUCGUCUCGAGGUCCUCUCCGACUCGCCCGAGGCCUGCAGCCGCAGCAGCGACGAUGAGCCGCGGUCCGCCACGCCACCUCCUCCGGUGCCGGCGCAGCGGCGGCGCCUCGACAUCGACCUCAACCUGUCCAUCAGCCUGGCGCCCUACCAGCCGCUGGAGUACUCCACCAGCACGCCACCGGCGCAGGAAGCCGUGGCGGCGGCGAUACCCACGGCAGCAGGCCGCAACAACGCGACGGCGGCGGUGUGCCUGUGCCUCAACAGCCUGGGCUACCGGCCGGGCGUCGAGUGCGUCUGCGGCGGCGGCGCCGCCUCCAGGCAGCAGCAGGAGCAAUGGGCUCGGAUUUUUUUGCCGGCAGCACCCUGCUACCGAGGCCAAUAGUGUGACAGUGAUCGGUGGCGACAUGAGGGGAGGUUUGUUGAGGGAUGGGGGCAGAUUAUAGUUAUUAAUUAACAACUUGAGUGAUCCCUGUAACAUGCAUCAUGGAUUGGGUUCAUGGUUUAUGAGGAACUGUGCUCUCGUUCUGCCGCUUCCGGUCA